UCACUUAUAAUUAAUUAACUGAUCAUCAUCACAAGAUUGACAGACACACAUCCAUACCAGCAAUAACCCAUGAAACUGGACUCUCUCUCCCUCCCUCCAUAAGACCUUUCUCUUUCUCUCAUUUUCGCAUUCGAGAGUCACGACUCUCUCCAACGAAACAAAAACGCAGGUUGAUCUUGACUGAUUAGUUUCUUGAGACUGUUUUUUUAUUGAGAAGGAAGAUAUUGGUUGUCUUUGAAAUUCAAGGUCGUCAUCGAGAGCUUACAUUCCUUCCAAAUAGUUCAAUUUUGUGGAUUUGUUAUUCUCAACCCGGAAUUGAAAUCCGGGUGUCCCAAUCACACUGGUUUUUCUGUCUUUUGGAUGAUGUGAAUUUGACUUCGCUGUGGAAGAUCUGUGUUUGUUGGUAGGGAAGUGUAAAGGAUCUUGUAUUCAAUGCUUGUUGGAGUUGUGCGGAUUCAUGGUAACAUACAUAGAAGCUUGUGUGCUACGAUAGUUUUUGGUUUCUGCAGCUCUUGGAGAUUUAGAUUUAAGUUGGAUAUUUAGUGGAUUUUGAAGUUCAUUUUCUUAAUAAUUUGGACAUGAGAAGCCCCUGGUUCAAUAAACCAUUUGCUAUUCUUGGCCCCAGACCGCCAAUUAGUUGUUUGCUGCUGUGCUUUGUUUGUGUGCUUGGACUAAUCGCUAUCUUGGGUUCUACUUCUUCGAGUGUGUUUGAUUCUGUGACUCCCAUUCCAUUGCCUGAUGUUUAUUCCAGUUAUAGAAGGUUAAAGGAACAAGCGGCGGUUGACUAUUUGGAGCUUAGAACAAUCUCACUAGGAGCUGGUCGGCAAACAGAGUUGGAACUCUGUGGCAGAGAAAAAGAAAAUUACGUGCCUUGUUACAAUGUUUCAGCAAAUUUGUUCGCUGGGUUUAAAGAUGGGGAGGAGUUUGAUCGGCAUUGUGAAAUUUCAAGACAAAGGGAACGGUGUUUGGUUCGUCCUCCAAAGGACUAUAAGAUCCCCUUAAGGUGGCCUGCUGGUAGGGAUGCAAUCUGGAGCGCAAAUGUUAAGAUAACCAAAGACCAGUUUCUUUCUUCCGGGAGCUUGACCAAAAGGUUGAUGUUAGUGGAAGAGAAUCAAUUUGCCUUUCACUCUGAGGAUGGGUUGGUCUUUGAUGGUCUCAAAGACUAUUCUCGCCAGGUUGCAGAGAUGAUAGGGUUAGGAAGUGAUUCUGAAUUCCUUCAAGCUGGUGUGCAAAGUGUGCUAGAUAUUGGUUGUGGAUUUGGUAUCUUUGGAGCUCAUUUAGUAUCAUUGAAACUAAUGCCUAUUUGUAUUGCGGCAUAUGAGGCAACUGGAAGCCAAGUUCAACUGGCCCUUGAAAGAGGUCUUCCAGCGAUGAUUGGCAAUUUUAUUUCACGACAACUUCCAUAUCCACCAUUGUCAUUUGACAUGGUUCAUUGUGCUCAAUGUGGUAUUGUUUGGGAUGAAAAAGAUGGCAUGCUCCUUAUUGAAGUGGAUCGAGUUCUUAAGCCUGGAGGUUACUUUGUUUUAACUUCACCAGCAAGCAAUCCACAUGGAAGUUCAUCGAAUACAAAGAAGAGAAGCACUCUGACACCAACAGAAGAAUUUAGUGAAAAUAUCUGUUGGAAUCUUAUAGCUCAGCAGGAUGAGACUUUCAUCUGGCAGAAAACUGUGGAUGUUCAUUGCUAUAAAUCUCGCAAGCAUGGUGCUCUACCACUUUGCAAUGAUGUUCACAAUACUCCAUAUUAUCAACCCCUCAUGUCAUGUAUAAGCGGGACCACCAGCAAUCGCUGGAUUCCCAUCCAGAACAGGUCCUCUGGUCCCCAUUUGAGCUCAGCAGAGCUUGUAGGUCAUGGAGUUCAGCCAGAAGAUUUCUUUGAAGACUCUCAGGUUUGGAGAUCAGCUCUCAGAAACUACUGGUCCCUGCUUUCACCUAUAAUUUUCUCCGACCAUCCUAAGAGGCCAGGUGAUGAAGAUCCAACACCUCCAUAUAACAUGGUACGCAAUGUUAUGGACAUGAAUGCACAAUACGGAGGUUUAAAUGCUGCAAUGCUGGAGGAAAAGAAAUUAGUUUGGGUGAUGAAUGUUGUGCCUGUCAGGGCUCCUAAUACACUUCCUCUCAUACUUGAUCGUGGUUUUGCUGGUGUCAUGCAUGACUGGUGUGAGCCAUUCCCCACUUACCCCCGAACAUAUGACAUGCUUCAUGCUAAUGGGCUCCUCUCACAUCUCAGUUCAGAGAGAUGCGCCAUGAUGGAUUUAUUUUUAGAGAUGGAUCGAAUUCUACGCCCUGAGGGAUGGGUUAUAUUUUCUGAUAAAUUGGGAGCUAUUGAGAUGGCACGAGCACUUGCUAUGCAGAUACAUUGGGAAGCAAGGGUGAUUGACCUAGAUAAUGGCAGUGACCAGCGGCUACUUGUUUGCCAAAAACCAUUUAUGAAAAAAUGAGUGAUCUAGCAACAGAAGUCCCAUCACCAUGAAAGUGUACAUGUUCUUGCUCUGAUUACGAAUACUUUUGACAGCAUCCCUGUGCUAUAAAUGCCUGGGGUCGAGUUCAAUGACUAGAACAAAUAUAGGGGAAGAGGGGGCUGUAUAUUAGAAGAAAGGCGUGCUCCAGAAGUGGGCUGCGAAGCAUUCCAAUUUUUUGUCAUGGCAUUUGUAGCAAUUCUUUCAUCACCUUAUUUCUUUUUUUAAUUCUUUUUGAGUGUUAAUUUCUUAAUUGUUUUAGUAUCGGGCACUGUAUUGAACGAUACAUUGUAUCACACUGCCAGGAAAUGAUAAUUACAAAUUUAUUCUUUUUCUUC